UCUACUUCAUGGGACAACACAAAACGCGCUUUUAUUAUCUCAUUGGUACAAUUCAUUUACUAUAAAUACCCAUCUUAUGAAGUGAAACCUCAAUUGUGGUAUUUCAAUAUGACAACUUCGAAAGUUCUAAGUGUUUUUUUCUUUGUGUUGUUGGGUUUGGGCAUAUGUUCUGCCGCUAGAACACUCCUUACCUUUGGUGUAGAUCAUGGCAUUGGUGGAGGCUACCAUGGUGACAUUGGUGUGAGUGGAGGUGGAGGAUAUGGUGGAGGUGGAGGUGGAGGGCAUGGUGGUGUUGAUGGAUAUGGAGGAGGAGCUGGUGGAGGUGCAGGUGGUGGUGAAUAUGAAGGUGAUGGUGUUGUUGGAGGUGGUGGAGGAGGAAGUGGAGGUGGCGGAGGUGGUGGUGAGGUUGAAGGUGGUGGAUAUAGUGGAGGGGCUGGAAAAGGUGGAGGGGAAGGAUAUGGAGGUGGUGCUUCACAUGGUGGUGGUUAUGCUGGUGGUGGUGGAGGUGGUAGCGGAGGUGGUGGAGGUGGUGGUGCUGGAGGUGCUGGUGGUGGUUAUGGAGGUGGGGAAGGAGGCGGAGCAGGAGGUGGACAUGGUGGAGAACAUGGAGGUGGAUAUGGAGGUGGAGGUGGAAGUGGAGGUGGUGGAGGAGGGGGUGCUGGUGGAGCACAUGGAGGAGGAUAUGGUGGUGGUGAAGGAGCAGGUGGUGGAUAUGGGGGUGGAGAAGCAGGUGGGGGUGGAGAAGGUGGUGGCUCUGGUGGGGGUGGUGGAGGUGGAGGUGCCCAUGGUGGAGGAUAUGGUGGUGGUGCUGGAGGUGGCGAAGGUGGUGGCCACGGUGGAUAUCAUCCUUGAAGUUACAAGAAAAUCAGUGUUAUGAAUGAAAACCUAGCUCCUCCUAAGAAUAAGAUAUGGUUACGAGGAUGCUUUUAAAAUACUACUAUAAUUUAUCUUUGUAUUUACGUGAAAUGUUGAAUGAAAUCAAAUUAAUGUUA